UCUUAAUUUAAAAGGUCUUCGGGGAUAGAAUCAUGAAGUCGGUGCCGAGAACAGAACACGAUUCAGCUCAGCUGUUCCACAAUCCACACUACGACACAAUUGUAUAAUCAGAAGACUGUAAAAGAACAUUUGGAUCCUUUCUUCAUUUUCACCACAAAACAUUCAUAUAUUCACAUAAAUAUAUGAAUAUAUAGUACAGAAAUUCACAUCUAUAUAUGAGAUGGUUAGGGCCACCGGAAAGCACACAUCGGCGAGGUUAUUGCUCAUAUGCACAGGUCUUUUGGGCAUCGCUCUCGUUGCUGACAUCUUCUGGGCUUCUUCUCCUCGCUUUUCAUAUUCCAAUCUCUCCCAAUGGUCUUCUCAGGAUAAAUCCCAAACCACCUUAGUAUUGCCCUCGAAGACGUCCCAACGAGAUACGCUCGCAAAGGAAAAAACUAUCAGAUAUAAGAAUGAAACUAUUUCUGGGAGAAUUCUUUCAGCAACUUUUGCGGAUCUGCCUGCACCAGAAUUACAAUGGGAAAAGAUGGCUCCUGCUCCUGUGCCUCGUCUUGAUGGGGCUGCAAUACAAAUAAAAAAUCUUCUUUUUGUGUUUGCUGGAUAUGGAACCAUCGAUUAUGUGCAUUCUCAUGUGGAUAUUUACAAUUUUACUGACAACACAUGGGGAGGAAGAUUUGAUAUGCCAAAAGAGAUGGCACAUUCGCAUCUAGGAAUGGUAACAGAUGGGAGAUACAUUUAUGUUGUGACAGGACAAUAUGGACCACAAUGCAGAGGGCCCACAGCUCAUACAUUUGUGCUCGAUACCAAGACAAAGAAGUGGCACGACAUGCCACCUUUACCAGUUCCUAGGUAUGCACCUGCAACUCAACUAUGGAGAGGUAGACUCCAUGUGAUGGGAGGUAGCAAGGAGAACCGACAUACUCCUGGACUGGAGCAUUGGAGUCUUGCUGUGAAGGAUGGAAAAGCAUUAGAAACGGAAUGGAGGGCUGAGAUACCUAUUCCUCGUGGAGGACCUCAUAGGGCUUGCGUUGUGGUUGAUGAUCGACUUUAUGUAAUUGGUGGUCAGGAAGGUGACUUCAUGGCAAAACCCGGUUCACCUAUUUUCAAGUGUUCUCGAAGGAAUGAGGUUGUAUAUAGUGAUGUUUAUAUGCUUGAUGAUGGGAUGAAGUGGAAAGAGCUACCUCCAAUGCCCAAACCAGAUUCCCAUAUUGAAUUUGCUUGGGUUAUUGUAAACAAUUCUAUUGUACUUGUUGGAGGCACAACUGAUAAGCAUCCUGUAACCAAAAAGAUGGUUUUGGUUGGAGAAAUUUUCCAAUUCAACUUGAAUAAGCUGGAGUGGUCAGUGAUUGGAAAACUUCCAUUCCGAGUAAAAACCACGCUCGUUGGAUUCUGGGAUGGCUGGUUGUAUUUCACAUCCGGACAGCGAGACAAGGGACCGGACGAUCCAGCCCCGAGGAAGGUGAUUGGAGAAGUUUGGAGAACCAAAUUAAAAUUGAACUCAUGAUUUUUCCAAUAAUUUUUUGGCAGGGAGGGAUGGUGUUAUGCACAUUUAACUUUCUUCUUUGAGAGGCAGCCAAGUCAAAAGAGCCUCUGGUAAUUUUUCUUUACAUUUAUAUUCUUUUCUGAGUAGGAAUUCAAUUGAGAGUGGAGCAAAUAUCUCCUAGUUAAAUAGCUUAGUCAUAUAUUUGUAUUGCUGAAUGUAUAAUGAUAUAUAUAUAUAUAUGUACACUGGGGUUUACUUA